AUGUUAAUCAACCCACCACCUUCGCCCCUUCUAUCCUUCCUUUCUCCGGAACCCAGUCACAUUUGCUCUCAGUUGCCCAGUAUGUCCAACCUUGACUCGGCAUUGCAGAGUUUCAAGCUUGAGCGCGCGCUAGACGUGGACACCCAAACAAAGACAGCUGCCUUUUUGGGCACCGUUGAUAACCAGGCAGCCAUCGUCAUUUUAGAAAAGACGGAUUUGAAAACAGAAGCGGUCAGCGAGAGGAACUUUCUUUCCCAUAUAGUCGAGCAAUCCAAAGUAAUCAAUUCCAACGACGUCUACACAUGGGCCAAAGCGACUUUGAAGCAGGACUUGAACGACUUUCCCGCGGCCAAAUUGAUCUUGAUUUAUCCAGCGACUGAAACCCAUAUCCGCAAGUAUGACAGUCAGAAACUACACUACGUUCGAGAAACACCAGAGAUGUAUCGCCAGUUUGUCGUUCCUCACAUUGAGGCAAUGAAGGGAGACAGAUUGAAAUGGGUGUACAACAUCUUGUUUCAUGGCGCCGAGCUGGAGACGGUUAUUUACCACGACGAGAGUCAAGCGGGGUUUGUGCUAUUACCCGAUAUGAAAUGGGACGGUGUCAACCUUGCAAGCUUGUACCUUUGCUGUAUCGUCAACAGAACUGAUAUAGCGUCCGUUAGAGACCUAACUGGCGAUCAUGUGAAGUAUCUCAAGAAUAUCCAGAACAAGAUCAAGGACGUUACCUUCCAUCGAUAUGGGUUAAAGCCCGAUCAACUCAGGAUCUUUGUGCACUACCAGCCAAGCUACUAUCAUUUCCACUUGCAUGUUGUAAACAUUGCCCACCCGGGCUUGGGAGACGGGAUCAACGUUGGCAAAGCUAUACUUUUAGACGACAUAAUUGAUAAUCUUGUAGCGGACAAGGAGUUUUAUCAAAAAAGGUCAAUUGGCUAUGUCUUGGGGGAGAACCUGGGACUCUGGAAGAUAGAAGGUUACCGAAACUCAUGA